AUACUACAAUGUGUUUAAAAACUGGUAUUGUUCCUUAGAGAAAGCUUGUUGCUUUAUACAGAAAAUUCCAGAAGGAUUUAUACAGGGGAGAAUCCUGCUUGAAACACCUAAAUAUAUGUAGCAGGUGGCAUUCGGAAGAAAAACACAUAAAACCUUCUCAAACACAUCUUACAUCCAGGAUAAGUCCUGGAUCGAGCAUGUAAAUCCGUCGGUCCUCUUUGUGCAAUCUGCAACAAGUCCAGUAACAGCCAGUGUGGGUGUGAGCACAAAAGGCUAUAAGCUGUCCAAAUGACACAAAUGCACAUUUCUAUCCUCUAUAGGCAAACAGACAUACAUCCAUGUGACAAGGAGGGAGAUUUACCAGUACUCAGCCCUUCACGACUUCAAGAAUAAAGAAAGUGUCAGUUCAUAGCCACAUUGACGUUGCCCACAGCAUGAUGCUAAAGCGUAGCAGCACAAAAGGAAUUUCUUAAAUAGUUACAAGCAGCCGGUUCAAGCCCAUUAUCCAUUAAUGAGAGACCAGGGCAGUGCGCCAAGAGCAGGCAUCAACGCUGAAAGCUCCUCAGAUUUCACCUUGGCAUGACACUAGAGCGCAGAUUUAAAAGAAAAGUGCCCAAAAGCAGUCACUGGGUGCAUCAUGAGACACAGCCGAAGUGUCCAUGAACUGUUUGAUAAAGGAAAGGGAGCACAAACCUUUAACCAAAGUAGAACAGGGAAGAGGACACCAACAUACUUCCACAGACUGGCCUUGGAUAGUGUUAUCUCCAGCAAAGGCAGUCUCGUUCUGCUAAAUGGACCCAAUGCUAUUGAGGUUCAUAAGCCCAGGAAACUGAGCCAGCAGGUGAAUGGCGCCCAUCCGACUGAUGUUUACCUGCCAGCCAUCACAAAAAAGAUGACAAACCUACAAGCAGCGAAAGAAAAUCUCAGUAAUUCCUGUCCAUAUAUGUAUAGUAGCAGACGCCGCAGAUCCACCUGCACUGUCAUCUCGCAAAAAAAAGCCUCAGACUCCAGUACUAAAACGAAUUAUCUAAAGGAAAUAAAAGAGUCCAGGAAGUCCAAUGUCUUAGUGACAAUGCUAUACCUGGGCCAUGGGAAGCUUGGAACCACCCAGGAUGAAAUGAAAGUGCUCCAGCAGAAAUGUGGAGGAGAGAACAUUUGCGUCUUUAAAGGAUCUGUUCAGCCUGGAGAGCAGUUCCAGUUCAUUUCUCAGAGGCACCUUGGCUACCCAUUCAGUGUCACGUUCUACGUCAAUGGAAUAAUUGCCGGUAGAAUAAGCUCAUGCUGUGAGUAUCGUUACAGCCCUGGCUUUCAGCAAGGCCGCAAGAGCUGUUUCAGACUGACCAGACUGAGUGGUGGGAAACCGUGCUAUAAGUGUGUAAAUUCUAGACAUGGUAUUGGCAGUGAGCCAGAAGAUAUAAUUCAUCACAGUAUCCACACCCUCAAAUCUCAUGAAGGUGAUAUGGAUUCUUGUCGUUCUUCCCCUUUGUUCAUCCCUGUUGGAAUGGAAAGAUAUGUACAGAGAACAAGAAAGCUUUCCAAAGAUUCCAGCAAGGUGCUAACAGACAGUGACGAUAUGAAUGACUGCAUGACAGAAAAAAAAAGAUCCAAGAGACAAAAUAAACGUUAUGUUCAGCAAAAAGAGAGCAAGGGCUCUGAGGCAUCUCAAGACAAAAGAGACACUAGAGAGGAUGAAACCAAAUCAACUCUUUUGAAUAGUCAAAUACCUAUUCUGGAAAAAUCAAUCAAUGUAAAGGAACAUGGAAAAGACAAGCCAAAGGCCAGCAACGAAGACAAAGUCCCAGGUGAAUUAUUACAGGACAAACAAGCUCUGAGUAAGCAAAUUGGAAAGAAAACGCUAGUUCCUCGGGAAUCAAAUGGCAAAAGCAGAAAUGGGAAUAGACUGAGAGACUUCUAUGAAGAAUGUGUUGAAAUGAGCGCUGGUCUGGAAUCAGGCCUAGAACAACAGAAAUGGUUCAAAGCAAACAAGUUUGAGAGAAAUAAGCUCAGAGAGCAGCUUACUGUGGUUCCCCGUCCAAAUGACUCAGCUACCGAGCUAGAACUCAGCGAAGAGAGUGAGAACAAUGCUGCUUAUUUAAAGUCAGAGAAGAUCAGUAAUGAUCCAAAAACCCAAGAGAUCCAAGAGACUGAAGCAUUGGAGAAAAAACAAGAACUGCAAAAAAAGCUGGAUGCCAUGAUGGAGGUCUUAAAUACAUCAGAUGAGGUGGAGCUUGUGCUGAGAAAUACAGGAGUGACAGAUGAACUGCUGAGGAGUUUUGUAGCUGAACUGAAGAAUAGCCUAUCUGAGGUCACGAUGGUCAACCUCAAUCUUAACCAUAUUGGUCCUCCAGGCGUUCAUGUACUACUGGACCUUCUACAGGCCAAAUCCGAGAUCAAGGGAUUAUUGUUGUUUGGAAAUCAUCUAGGUGAUGCAGGAGUUCAGAUGCUGCUUAGUGGUAUAGUUGAGCUUCAAGAGAAAACAGCAGCAGCAUCAAGAUUACCACCAUUUCCAAAGCAAUUUUACUUCUCUGUGACAAGCUUUGCACUCAUAGAGCUGGACUUGGGUGGAAAUGGCAUUGGCAGUGAGGGCCUGAGAGUAUUAGGCACUUUUAUGAGGUAUCACUCCAAGCUGGAAUACCUGGGCCUGGCCCAAUCAUGUUGUUCUAGCAUGGACGCCUGGUAUGUCUUUUUUGAAAGUCUGAGGGAAAACAAUAAACUAACCCACAUCAUUCUAGAUGAGAACAGCCUGGGAGACCAAGGGGUCAAACUAUUUGCUGAGGCACUGCAAAUCAAUGAAAGCUUGCAGAAAAUAGACUUGGAUCGUAAUAAUUUCGGUGAAGUUGGAGGAAAUGCUCUCUUUGAGGCUGUCUCCAGGAGCCAAUGUUGUCUUAAACACUUAAGCUUAGAGGACAACUACAUCAGUACAGCACUGAUGAGCAAAUUUCAGGAAGUGGUAAAGACUAGUGAUGUACAUACUACUUUAAAUGCUUAGAUUCAAAAAUUGCACUAUAAAUGCCAGAAGGCAAACUGUGAAAAAAAUGGAUUUCAAACCUCACCAAAAUAGGAAGCUGAGUAACUUUGUGAUCUGUGGGUGGGUGGCCUCCAACAAUUUUAAAUGAAUUGCCUUAUUCAGAGUUCCAUCUGCUUGGCUGUUCAUUAUAAACUUGGCCUAUGUCACAGCUCUUGAGUGGGGUUCUUGAGGCCCUCUCAGUUGGAAUCUUGAAUUAUUGUCUUUGAAGUUAUUAACUUGUCUGUAAUACUACAACACUGAAAUUAUAUAUAAGAAAAGCUAGUGAUUUAGUGACAUCAUUAAGGUCUGUAUUUAUUUUAUUGUCCUAAAAUAUUAA